GUGCUUUUCGACUGCAUGAAUCAUUUCUUACUUUUGGGGAUGGCGAUGUUGGCUACCACAAUUGGUCUUUAUCUUGUUCCUUUCUGCAAGAGAGCACCAUUACUGAUUGCCAUGAUGUCUGUGUUUGGUGUUUCAUUUGGCGCUCUGGAUACAGGUGCAAAUGUCCUCAUCUUGGCUCUUUGGGGGGACAAAGGAGCUCCACACAUGCAGGCCUUGCACUUCAGCUUCGCCUUGGGUGCCUUCCUGGCUCCCCUGCUGGCUAAGUUGGCCUGGGGUACAAGAGCGUCCACUCAGAAUCACACAGAGUCCGACUUUGACCCUCUAAUGCUGAACCGAUCCUCUGAAGCCACCUCAGACUCUCUGUUUGCGGUACCUGAUGACAUGAAUCUGCUGUGGACGUAUGCUUCCAUUGGCACCUAUGCGCUAGUGGUUUCUGUCUUUCUGUUUGGUCUGUUUUGUAAGAAACGCUCAAGGCAGAAAAAAUCUGCAGCAUCUGGUCAAAGAGUUCAAAGAGCGAAGUAUCACUGGGCUCUGCUCUGCCUCCUCUUCAUCUUCUUCUUCUUUUAUGUUGGAGCCGAGGUGACCUUUGGUUCUUAUGUAUUCUCCUUUGCCACCACCCAUGUUGGCAUGAAAGAAACUGAAGCAGCCGGCUUGAACUCUGUCUUCUGGGGGGCCUUCGCAGCCUGCAGGGGCCUGGCCAUCUUCUUUGCCACAUUCUUACAGCCUGGAACCAUGAUUGUGUUGAGCAACAUUGGCAGCCUUGCUUCAUCUUUGUUUCUGGUGCUUUUUGACAAGAGCCCUCUCUGCCUCUGGAUCGCGACUGCUGUGUAUGGAGCCUCGAUGGCAACCACAUUUCCCAGUGGCGUUUCCUGGAUCGAGCAGUACACCACCUUAACUGGGAAGUCUGCAGCAUUCUUUGUAAUUGGUGGUACCCUGGGAGAAAUGGCGAUUCCUGCAGUCAUCGGAAUUCUUCAAGGACACUACCCAGACCUGCCAGUGGUUCUGUACGUCUGUUUUGCAUCAGCCAUAUUCACUGGAGUUUUAUUUCCUGUGAUGUAUAAAUUAGCCACCUUACCGCUGUAA